UCUCUCGUAGACCGUUUCCACAGCGUCUGGGAAUACGAGCUCCGGACUUAAAAAAUAUAUUGUUUAAAUACUGAUAAGCUCGUAGAAUAUGGCAGAUCGGUCAAACAACGAUAGAGGUAACAACAAUCAUGACCGUGACUAUCGUGGCAAUUCCCAAGAAUAUCGUAACUUUCACAAUCGCAACCGUGACUUUCGGGAUCGCAACAGGGAAGUGCCAACCGAUCCGCCAUACAUUGCCUUUGUUGGCAACCUGCCCAAGGGUCUCGUCCAGGGCGAUGUUAUGAAGAUUUUCGAUGAUUUCGAAGUAAAGAGCGUGCGCCUGAUCAAAGAUCGGGAGACUGACGAGUUCAAGGGCUACGGCUACGUGGAAUUUACGACAUUGGAACAGCUAAAGCGUGCGUUAUCCCGCAAUGGACGCAUUAAACUGGACAAUUUGUCGGCGCCGCUGCGCAUCGAUAUUGCCGAUCAUCGGCGUCAGGGCGGCCCUGGUGGCGUCAUCGGAGGAGCUGCGUCCAGCAGUGGCGGCAAUCACAAUCAGCGCCGCAACUUUCGACGCGACAAUAGUGUUGGCUCUCAAAGCUACCAGGGCCAAUAUUCGCGGAAGCAAAACAGCCCAGGUCGUCCGGUAGGCAAUCGUUCGUCCAAUACAAACUUUCACAUGAGCAGACAGGAGGGCAGCCCGCGGCAAGGCGGUUAUCGCGGCGGGCGUGGCGGUGGCGAGCGAAGAGGUGGUGGCGGAAGGGGCGGCGGUGGAGGCGCCGGCAGCGGUGGCGCCGGCGGAGGUGGUAGCGGAGGUGGUGGCGGCGGAGGUAGAAGCCACCAUAAUAACGAUGGCUACCAGGGCAACGACGGCAGCAACAGCAGCGAUUUUGGCUCCCUCGGCGGCGGCAGCCACGACACGUCCAGCCUGGGCAGUCCCAGGCAGAGCGUGGAGCCGCACAUAUCAUCGACGAGCUUUCAAAGUAGUCGUAGCUUUCCGCACUACACAAACAACAACAAUUAUAACAAUAAUCGAUAUAAUGAUCGCAACAACAACAACUAUAGGCGUGGAGGACCUCCGCGCCAGCGAAGCAUCAGCAAUGACAACGGCCACUACUCGAACUUUGGCCAAAACCGGACACGAGAUCGUCGCGGUCACUACAACCCAAAUGAAAGGUAUAACCAAUCGCUGAGCGGUGGCACCAGCCCACCAUUUGCCAAUCUCGACGACGAUGAUCGUCCAAAGAUUGUGCUACAGCCGCGCACCGUAACCGAACCGAUCAAUGCGCUGGCCGAGACCAAGCAGGCGGCCAGCAUUUUUGGCAAUGCCAAGCCCCGCAAGAGUCAGCCCUCUCCGCAUAAUACGCCGCAUGGCGAACCGGAGCAGUUGAAUGAUUCGCAACCUGGUGGCAGCCACCAAGCUGUGGAUCCAGACCCCCCAAUAUAAAUAUAUAUAUAAACAUAACAUGUAGCUUAGCUUAAAAUGCGAAAAUUACUUAAUCACCUUCAAUCGAAACAACAACCACUACAAUAGCUGCUACGGGGAGGCACAAAAUUUAAGAAUUUAAGAAGCAACCAGCCUUCCCCUUCUGAUUUAAUCUUUAUAUUCUAUACACUCUGUACACUUUCCGCAGGGCAUAUCAAAAUGGGGCGGCUCGUUGUCUACUCUAACAUAUUGAAAUAAAUUUAUAUGUGACUGUGUUCAUUUUAUACAAAAUUUACACAUUCAUAUACAGCAAUAAAUC